AUCUCCAUCUUCAUCUCAAGUGACUCAUCGACAACUCAUAAAAUUUUAUUACUGUGAACCUAAUUAAAUGAUAUAAUCUAAUCAAGGUUACAAGCCACCGUGUCAUCCGCUCUGUGUUAUAAUAAUGCAAAUUGAUGGCUCCAACACCAUCAUCAGACGAGUCACCCGCGUCGACUUCUGGCCCGGGCCUCACACGAGCGCCAGACUCAUCGCAAAGCAAAAUUAGACGAAAUGUGGCCUGUAUCAGUUGUCGCGACUCAAAGGUGCGGUGUCGAGCGAGUCCUGUCACGGGACAGCCAUGUCAACGAUGCGCCAAGUUACAAAUUCCGUGCGUAUACGAUAGAUCACAUAAGAGAGUGACAAGGAGAAGGUAAUAGUCUGAUUGCAUUACUCCGAAAUGACUCUAUGGUUUCAUCUGAAUAAGUGAGUGAUAUUGACAAUAUGUAGUAAACUCGAGCUUCUGGAACAAGAACUCAGAUCCAUCAAAGAAGUUGUACAGCCCAAGAGUAACGCAGAAUCGCCAUCAGUCUCUCAAAGAAACGGAACUGUGUUUCCUAUACAACCAUCCCAAUUGCCUCCAGCCACAAAUGGAACCGUCUUUUCGUUAUCAAGCAACCUGCAAAGCCCUCAACAGCCCCAGUCAUUCGUGCCAUCAGCGACGUUGCUCGAAAAGACAGAGCCUACAAAACCUCGCAUGUUAGGUGGUAAAUUGGUGUCUGGACAGGAUAUUGACUGGUACUUUGAGAAGUAUUUGCAAUGCUAUCAUCCCUAUCUACCCAUCUUGAGGAAGAAAGACCCAGAUGAAUGCUUCGAAGCAUCAACAACUCUCUUCUGGACAAUAAUAUCGACAGCUUGUCGUCGAUACGCUAAAGAUGAACAACUUGUAACUCUACUCCUCGAUUCUCUUAACCGUGACGUUUGGGUCCUGCUUCAAGCCAUCACAUUAGACCUCGAGUCUAUUCAGGCUCUGUUGAUAAUCUGCACUUGGCCAUUCCCGACCAUCAGGUUUGUCACUGAUCCAUCACCUAAUUUUAUUAGCAGUGCCCUCAACGCUUGCAUGCUUCUCGGCCUACAUACUGGACGAGGAUCUCAUCCUAGCUUCUUGAUUGGCGGACGCCAGCACAUGACAUGCACAGACUAUGAGGCAUCUAUAACGUGGGUUUUCUGUAGUAUUCUCGCUCAAAGAGUGUCUACAGGCAAUGGGCAUCCGCCUCCUUUUCUCCAGCAUAAUGACACCAAGUGCAAGGAUACCAUUAAAGAUACUCUUGCGCCGGAGUUGCUCACCUUUUUUGAGCUACAAAAGUUUUCAAAUAGGUUACAUACAGCCAUGUCUGCCCAGAUAUCGGCAAACAAUGGGGUUCCUGAAACCAUCGUCAAGAUGUGGGAAGCUGAGUUUGAGCUUCUAAGACCCCUUGUCACCCAUGUCGAAACAGACUUCUCUCGUUUUAUAAUGCUAGUUGCUCAACUCGAGGUCCAGGCUUACUACUAUAUCUCGCCCCCUGACCAGCGUCCCAAUUUCACCCUCAAUACUCUCCGCACAUACAAUACCUCACAGAAUCUUAUAAACACAGCCCUCACACUCGAAUCAACGUGCCAACUACUUACACACAGCCCCCACUGGGUCUAUCGUGCUUUAGUCGAUGCCAGCUGCAUCCUCCUAUCCACGCUACACUCCACUGCUGCUCCGCAACAUCUCUCAUCCUCAGACGCUGAAGUUGUCGCUGCGCAGGUUCUAUCCCUUCUAAAAACCUGCUCAGUUCGUGACAAUGACCUCCCUACACGAGGAUCCAUCAUUCUUGAGACUUUCUGGUCUGUAAGGCAUUUGCUCCCUAAGUGGGAUAUUCCUGUUGGUGCAUGGCCGGAUCGUAUAGGUGCUGCCACAUCGUAUUGGUGUCUCACAGCCUUCAAGAAUGCGUUGCAGGAGGCCAAGAAUAUCACAGAUGGUACACAAAAAGGCAUUGAUGCCUUUCGUAAGUCUACAAUCUUAGUUAGAUGGAUUGGGAUUGCUCACAUGUGGCAUCUAGAACAAAGGUUCCCGGGGAGUAACGGUGACAAUAACGAGAGCAAUGUCAACGCUAACACAGACAUCAAUGGCCAAGAACAGACUAUGGACAGUGCCAUCGAUCCCCUCCAGGGAAUUGACUGGUCCAUGAUCAUCGAUGAUUUCGGUUGGAUUGGAGAGGGUCCCGUGUUUCUUGGGCCAGCAUGAUAGUCUAAAAAAAUGUUUCAGUUUGAAUGGCGACUUUCAGUCCAGAUCUCUAUAGAGAUAUUAUACUUACCGUAGUGUUUACUCGGACAAACCAAACCAGAUAGAUCAAGUGUGAGCUAUCCGGGUAACCACUCAGGACAACAUCGUAUAGAUUGAGUCAAAGCAUGUCACAUCGUAG